GCUUCUAGGACUACGUUUCCCGUGCGCCAUCCCGCGGUCGAGUGACAGCGGACAUCUCGGCCGGCGCCGAUGCUGCUGCUCUUUGGUUCCGCCUCGCGAGGAGUGACGACGCCGGGCCUGGGAAGAUGCGACGCUGACUCUGGCGCCGGGAGGCGGCUGCUGUGGCGAGGCUCUGAUGGAUGCGUGGCCUCUCACACCAGGAGAGCUGGUUUGUCUGGGAUCAAGCCUAGCCUUCUCUGGCCUCUUUUACUACCUCUACAGGAGAAAGGCCAAAGUGAUAGCCAAGAUCCAGGAGGCACCAAAGCUGCAGGUCGGCUCCAGUCUUCCCAGCAUUCUGACUGCCACUGGCAGCGGCUGUCUGCAUUAUGUGGCCAUCGAAGGAGUGGUCCAGCCAGCGGAUGUGGCUCUAGCCAGCCCAUACCACAGGGAACUGCAGGGGGUGAUCGAGAGACUGGUGCUGAAGGAGCAUCGGCUGAUCUGGAACAGCUUGGCCCGGAGCUGGACCGACAGUGAGCGGGUGGUGCUGGAGCAGGUCCACACGGUGCCCUUUGUCCUGGUGUCCCCCGGCGGCAAGGCAGCGGUGCAGGUGAGCGUGGAAUCGCCCCUCCAGGCCGUCGAGCUGCCGCUGGAGAUGGUGUACGAGCGCUUCCAGCAGACCUCCCACGGCUUCAAGGAUCUGGUCAGCCACUACCUGAGUGGCGAGAAGCCCAAAGGCUUCCUGGAGACGGAGGAGAUGCUCUUGGUGGGCAGCAGCCUGACCGGCAUUGAACAACUGCUCAAGCCCCGUGGUACAAUUUCCUGCCCGAAGGAGGUGGAAUCUACACACAGGUGGCGUCUCUGUGGACCAAGCGCCAGCGAAGUGCAGCGGAGAAGCCAGCGCCAGAAGCUCAGCUGUCUUGAGGAUGUGUUGAGCGUGGGAACCAAGACCCGUCUUCGAUCUAGGGCUGCCUUCCCCAGUGGGGCAUCCUGCUUCGCCAGCAGUGUCCCACCCCCUGGCAGCCGUAGUCCUCUGCGACUGGUGAGCACCAGGUGGCCAAAAACAGACUAUUAUUAAUACUAAUUCAUUUCUAUGCCAUCCUAUAGCUGAAGCUCUCUGGGUGGUUUGCAACACUGCAUAAAAAUCAAGCAGCAAUAAGAUGCAAAUAUCAUAAAAACAAAGCAGCGUUAAAAUAAAUUUUAAAUAGCUAAACUAUACAAUAAAAAUCUACCCUGUCAAAGGAAGGGAAAACCCCCUGAAGCCCAUGGGUGGCUGAGUAUGCCUUUAAAUGGUUCGUCACAAGGGGCAUCUUAAGCAGGGGCCCAAAAGAUGCCCAAUUUGGUGCCCAGUGGGCCUCAGUGGGGAGGGGGUUGUUUAGAUGGGAGGCACCCACCGAGCAAGCCUUCCCCCUUGAUGCCACCCCUUCAGCCUCCCUUGGAGUUGGCACUCGGAGGAAGGCCCCAGAAGGUGAGCCUAGCGUCUUGAGUACCUGGCAGCUGGGGGAGGUGCUCCAACAGGUAGUGCAGUCUUAAGCCACGUAAGGCUUUACAGAUUAAAACCAGCACCUCAAAUUGGGCCUGGAAGCAUGCAAGCAGCCAAUGCCAGUGGACCAGACCUGGUCUUACCUGUUUGGACCUGCAGAUCCCUGCCUGCUGCAUUCUACCAAGGGGCAGCUCCAUGUCGCGUGCACUGCAGUAAUUUAAUGUAGAGAUUGAGCCAUAAUUGAGAUCAUGCUGUGCAUGUUCUUGGGUCUCCCUGUAGCAACAAUAAAAUACUGGGCUUUUAUAAAAUGCAGGAUGUCCAAGUGUUACCUCCCUAAACAUACCAGUGUGCAUAAAAGCCAGCGUGGUGGUUAAGAGUUCUGGACUGGGGAGCCAGGGGGCCUGGGUUCAAGUCCCCGCUCAGCCAUGGAGCCAACUGGGUGACUUUGGGCCAGCCACAGUCUCUCAGCCCGACCUUCCUCACAGGGUGGUGGUUGUGGGGAUAAGACUGAGAGAAUGAUGUAAGCCCACGGUGGAAUCCUGAGCAGCCCUGGAAAGAUCAUGGAGAAAAGGUCCUCCUCUCCAUUUUAUCCACACAACAACCUUGCAAAGUAGGUCAGGCUGAGAGUCUGUGACAGUCACACUAUGAGCUUCAUGGCCCGAGUGGGACUAGAAUUCAGAUCUGAGGCCCAGUCCAGUGUUCUAACUGCCAGGCCACACUGACUCCGUAUGCGUUCACUAUACCUAUAGAGGGCAUGCAUGGCCCAUGGGGCCCAGUCAGGACUCCAUAGGCGCCAUUCUCUUUUGCACCCAGCUCUGAUUAAUAGAUCUUGGGGUUCCCGAAGCUCCCCUCCUGUACAGCACACAGGUUUUUUUACGAACUAAAGUCUGCUUCAUCUGAUGCAUGAAAUGAUUUCCUCAGCUGCCAAAUAUACAUGGAUACAGAGGACAAAAAUAGCAAAUGGGAGGGCAGUGGGAAAUGAAAUACUGACAUGCAGUCUGCGACGGAUCUGUGUUUAGCUUAAGAUAAGGGGCCAUUUGCAGUAGCAGUAAUGGAGUGUUACUCUAUUAAAUACUUUUCACCUCCGUUUUUAAUAAUUGAUUAAAGGGUCUACUGUCUGUCUUGAGUAGGAGCCUCUCAUCUUAGCAUCCUGGCCCUGCAAGGAGAGAAGCAAAGCUGAUUUUGUGUUUGUGCAGCUGAGCCGGACAUCUGGCUAGAAACAUCUGCUGGCUUACAGGCCAAUACCCACAGUCUUCAGCAGGGAGCGCCAGGGGACCAUCUUUGCAUUCAGUGGGGCUGAGCACCUGUAGUGGAUUUGGGUCGCUGUGGACACAUCAGGAGCUGCCUGAGAAAAAGUAGGAAACAGCAAAAACUCUUCCUGAGUUGAAAAUGGCAGGCUUGGAGAGAAGAAACUUUUGAAUUCCAGUACAAAAUGCCGAAGAUUCCUUUAGGCAAGGAACUUAAGCUGUAUGUCCAUGUGUCGUGCUUAUAAUGGUUCAUGGAUGGACGGAUGGGUACCUAGAUAGACAAGGGCAUGCCUGACUCUCACUGAGGAAAGGCAUGACCCUAAAUAUGUGGGACUCAAAAAAGGCCUACAACUCCCAGCAUGCCCCAGUCAGCAGUGCUAACUGACCCUAAUCCAGUCCUUCAGCACACUCGUGGGCCUGCUAAAAUUGUUGGGGGUAUGUACUGCAAUUCUUUCUUACAUUUUUAUCCUACCUUUCAGGUACAGCAAGUGCUGCAGGUAGCUUAUGGUAAUAUGUAAGAUAGAAUACACGAUCAUUAAAACACAAAGCCAGCACCUGCCAGUUAAAACCUAUUCUGGCAACAAGUCAGCUUAAAAAGCCAGAAGUACCCCUGAAUAAAAAUGUAAUAAAAAUGUAAUUUGACUUUCUGCUGAUGGACAAUGACAUUCUACCCUGGCUUGGCCUGUCCCAUCAAUGAGGUCCAGAGCUGGGAACAACCACCAAAAAGAUUCUAUCAUAUUCCUACCACAUUUAAUCUGUUGGCAAGCCUGCACAGUUACGGAAGACUAGAAUAGCAAAUGCAGCUUGAGGGAGACAAGGGCCUUUCCUUGGGAUCUCAAAAUCCCGGCAGGUUUCUGUGGGAGGAGUCUUCCCUAUUAGCUUGUGACAGAACAACAGAGACUUAUCUUGCUUCUAAUUUCCAUAUUGAAGCAUUCAAGGCUUCAGUCUGUGAGUUCACUGCCCUUUUUAAUAAGGGUGUGUUUAAGUUGGUCAGCUUAGAGAUGCAGUACUGGCAAUGCACGUUUUGAUAGUAUCUAAUAUCUGCCCCUCUGAAAUGUGGAAUUAACACAAGGACAUUCUAAAUUGAUUUUCCUUACCCUUUACAACUAGAUGAUACUACAAAACUGGAAAAAUCAGUACCUCCUAUAACACAAAGCAUUGAGGACCCAAUGACGAUUCUGCAUUUGAAAGGGUGGCAUUCAGUUGCCACCUGCCCAUGGAUAAAUAUAUAGAGAUUUAAUCUGCCUUUUUGAAGCGAAUGCAUAAUUGUCCUUAUUGAUAGCUGUAUUUUGUAUACUCAGGGGUAUCCGGUUCAUGCACACCUAUUGUAACUGAUAGAUGCUAUUUCUUGCAUGAAAACUUUGCCAUUUGCUUAUGCCAAGAUUCACAGAACAGCAGUUUAACUAAUGGAGCUCUCUGGCAUAAAACCUUUAAUCUCCGCCACUGAAGGUCACCCUCUAUGGCUAAAUCGAGCAGCCUGGUUCUUAGGCUGCAGGCAUGGGAUUGGCAUCACCCUAAGAGACUGGCUCAUAAAUCGAACACAAUUCGGCUAUUUAUUUAGGGAAUGAUUUACACAAGGGAAUAAAUGAUCUCUUUUCAAAUAAUAGGAGAGAUUGGCUAAAAGUACUUGAGUCUCUUUGACAGCUGCUCCUAAUGAGAACCCUCACCAGCUCAAUAAAUGCUCAAUGGCAUUUCCUCCAGAUCCCAUUUCCCUAAACUACCCCCGCUGAUCUCCCACAGCCACGAACAGCCACUGCACUCCACUCUUCCUCUGUUUCCAUCUCUUCCUGCAGCCUCUGACUUCUAGUAGGAUUCAUUUCCCAAGACUAUUUGCUGAAGUUCCCUCUGGUCAGACCUCUGCCCUUGGCCUUCUGGUACUGGGCUCUGCUGUCUCCUCGAAGCUUUUCCACAACCUCACAGCCCAGCCUACUGUUGUCAGCAACCAGCUCCGGAUUCCAGGUCCCAUUUCCCUGAAUUUUCCUGCAUUGUCUGCAUGCUAACCCACCACUCUCCCCCACCUUAACCAUCCUCCAGCUGAUAGUUUUGCCCUCAAAUGAAAUCACUUUUAAAAAUCAGCUGGCUGGAACUUCUGGCAAACGUCUAACGGUUCAUCCUUUUUUUGCCUGGCUGAUCGAUAGGUAGCUUCUCUCCUCAUUAUUUUGAAGCAUCCACUUGAAGGCCCCCUUCCCUGGCAACUGUCCAUGGCGGCCAGGACUGGUUUAUGCAGAAUCAGGCUCUGACUUACUCAGUUUCUUGCUGGCUUUGCUUAGAUGCCAUUCAGAGCAUAUAAACAUAGCAAGCCAUAAAUGAAGGAAGUGUAGUGUUUCUUCACAAAACUAGAAUCUGGUCCAGCCACAGUCCAGCCCCUUGUACCCCAAUUGCUAGAAGCUUUUGGAAACUGGCUUUUUCUUCUGCAGCGCAGGAGACUCCAAAUGUAUCCUAAAAUAUUAUGUGACUUCUGUAUUCACCGGGAAGCCAAAACUGGAUAAGGCACAGUCCCUGGCACAGUGUUCAUUAGGAAAACACUGGAGUAUUGCUGCAUCCAAAUGGACAAUUCACUGGGCACCCCUGUUUGGCUGAAAUAGUUCCAAGCUACCCAGAAAACUGAGGUUCUUGGGUUACCAGAAAAGUCUGAAUGGCAGACAGCUGUAAGAUCUCCCCCCACCCCACAAAUAAAGCAUGAUAAUCAGAGCUCCAGGUGGUUCCUGCAAUUUUACACCACUUAGCUGAAAUUUAGUAGGCACAUACCUGGAGACAUGCGCAAUUCUAGGAAGUUUUAAAAAACCAGCAUGUAUUAUACCAGGUUGAGCUCUGCCUACAGAGCUUUUAGGAGCUACAGACCAGCCAAGUCCCAUAUAGUCUGGGAAGGGAAUGUCAGGCUGCAGAAGUUCUGGUUAAAGGACAUCGAUCAGCUGGCCAGUGAUUUGGAAGACGACUUUUCCCUAGCAGUCGGAAACGCAUUUAUGUUACGCUUGCUCCAUUUACUGAUGCUCAUGGCAGGCGAGUUGACUCAUGGAGCUACUGCACUUUUGAGGGUAUUUCCAUACCAUUUGGCACAUAUGACAUCCAAGACAGCUUCAGGGACUUGAACCAUCUGCGAGAGGCAUGCUUCAUGCCACUGUUGCUUAGAAAUCAGGAAUAUGAUUAAGGCACCCCCAGAUUAGCUAGAAAUCAGUACACAGAUUGUCCAAAACAUUGUGAUUACUCAAAAAACUGACUCUCUUGAAUAUUUUUACAUCUAAUAAACUGACAUGUCGUUAAGUCUAAAAUAGAAGUCUGUGCAGGAAAAAAAGCAAGCUCAUAUCUGGGAAUCAGUCUUGGGCUGUGGGAGUUCUGUUUUAGGUUUUUUCCAUUGAACCAGGCAUUGGUUUGGGAUAGCGAGAAGUGAUGUGCUAGUCAUGGUUACAAACAUGUAUGUGUCUGUUUGUAGAAUUUGAGAGCCACUGUGGUUUGGUGGUUAAGAAUGCAGGACUGGAACUCAGGCGACCUCACUCCCUUCUCCGCCUCGGAGCUCACUGAGCCAGUCAGACAUUCAGCCCAGCCUACCUCACAGGAUUGUUGUUGUAGAGAGGAGGAGAAUUUGGAAGGCCACCUUGAGUUCCUUUGAAGAAAAAAGGUGGGAUAUGAAUAUAAUAGCUCUAGAUAGAUAGUGUAUACCUCUAUUUCUAUCUUCUCCAUAAUACACUCCGUACAACUGGUCAACACUCUGCAAAAGUUUGUAUCAUAAUCUGAAUUAGCUUCAUUUUGAAAGUGAUUGUUUCUCUUUUGCUUGAAUAUGGGGCAGUAGUGCAAAAUAAGCUUGUGUCAUUCAGGCCAAGGAAUGACCUCAAUAUCCUCUGACAUUACAAUGACUCUUGGGGUGCACCCCUUGGAAUCUC